GUUACAUAUUGCAGACAGUUAUGGUCAGAAGAGGAUAUAGCAUAUCACAUGACACUUUCCACACAUGAAUAUCAAGGUGGUGUUGAUAAUAAAGUAGCCGUGGUCUUAACCAGUUUAUUAACUCUUGGAACAAUCUGUACGCUGGAAGUAUACACCGAGAUAGAACUGUAAAAAUUGAAAAAUAUCUUGUCAGAUCACAGACGAGCAACUAUGAAUGACAUUGCACAAAAGGCUGAGAUUCUGCUUUCUUCAUCUAAACCUGUCCAAAAAUCCUAUGUGCCUAAACUUCGCAAGGGUGAUGUAAAGGAUAAAUUUGAAGCUAUGCAGAAAGCAAGGGAAGAAAGAAAUCAAAGGAGAUCUAGAGAUGAAAAGCAAAGAAGAAAAGAACAAUAUGUUAGAGAGAGAGAAUGGAACAGGAGAAAGCAGGAGAUGAAAGAACUGCUUGCUUCUGAUGAUGAAGAAGAAAAGUCUAAAACAGAGAAAGCUUAUGUUCCAAAGCUUAUUGGAACUGUUAAAGGCAAGUAUGAAGAAAUGGAGAAACAAAGACAAGAAGAAGAAAGAAAAAGAAUGGAAGAAGAAAGAAAGCGUAGAAUUGAACAAGAUAUGAUUGAGAAAAGGAAAAUUCAGAGAGAACUGGCAAAAAAAGCCCAGGAGAUUGAGGACUUAAACAAUACGGGAACUGAAUCAGCAUCGGAGGAAGGAGACGAUUCAUUGCUGGUGACAGUAGUACCUGUAAAACCUAACAAAACACCUGGAAAGAUGAAAAUAAGUGCUGAUGAUGUAGGAAAAGAAAGAGAAGAAGAAAGAAAGCAUGAAGAGGAAAAAUUAAGAUAUGAGGAACAGAAACAAUCUCUAAAAGAAGCCAAGUGUCUUUCAUUUGUCAUGGAUGAAAAUGAAGACACUGAAAGACGUGAACCCCUGUCUCCUGGGAAACUGAAAGUAACAUUUGAAGAACUGGAAAGACAAAGACAAGAAAAUCAAAGACGGCAAGCAGAGGAAGAAGCAAGACAACGUUUAGAAGAGGAAAGACGCACCUUUGAAGAAGCUAGACAACAGAUGGCAAAUGAUGAAGGAUAUGAUAAAGCAGCUGAAAGUUCUAUCAAAGAGUUCCGUCCUGGUAAACUCAAACUCAGUUUUGAGGAGUUAGAAAGACAGAGGAGAGAAGAGGAAAAAAGGAAAGCAGAAGAAGAAGCAAGACGACGCAUAGAAGAAGAGAAAAGGGCAUUUGCUGAAGCCAGGAGGACUAUGGUACUGGAUGAUGAAUCCCCAGAGAUGUUUAAAACAGUUUCUCAAGAAUCUCUUAUACCAGGUAAACUGGAAAUUAAUUUUGAGGAGUUACUGAGACAAAAAAUGGAAGAAGAAAAGAGACGCACAGAAGAAGAACGCAAGCAAAAAUUGGAAAUGGAGAAGCAAGAAUUUGAGCAGCUUAGAAGAGAAAUGGGAGAGGAAGAGGAAGAAACAGAAAUCUUUGAGCUAAGCAGGGAAUAUGAAGAACUAAUAAAAUUAAAGAGAAGUGGCUCUAUCCAGGCAAAGAACUUAAAAAGCAAGUUUGAAAAAAUUGGACAGCUAUCUGAAGAAGAAAUACAGAGAAAAAUUGAAGAAGAGCGGGCUAGAAGAAGAGCAGUGGACCAGGAAAUUAGAGACAGGGAAGCAGAGAAAUUUCAAGAGGAAGACGAGGUAGAUGUGAAGCCAGCCAAGAAAUCGGAGGCUCCAUUUACUCAUAAAGUAAACAUGAAGGCUCGGUUUGAGAAAAUGGCAAAAGCAAGGGAGGAAGAGGAACAGCGAAGAAUCGAGGAACAAAAAUUACUACGUAUGCAGUUUGAACAAAAGGAAAUAGAUGCUGCAUUACAGAAGAAGAGGGAGGAAGAGGAAGAGGAGGAGGGAAGUAUUCUUAAUGGUUCUACUUAUGAAGAUGAAGAGGACCAAGCACGGUCUGGAGCUCCCUGGUUCAAGAAGCCGCUAAAAAAUAUAUCAGUUGUUGACAGUGAGCCAGUAAGGUUCACUGUUAAAAUUACUGGAGAGCCAAAGCCCGAAGUCACUUGGUGGUUUGAGGGGGAAAUGUUACAGGACUCUGAGGACUAUCAGUACAUUGAAAGAGGAGACACAUACUGCCUUUAUCUACCAGAAACUUUCCCAGAAGAUGAAGGAGAAUAUAUGUGUAAAGCAGUCAACAGCAGAGGCACAUCAGCUAGCACCUGUAUUCUCACCAUUGAAAGUAAGAGUUAAUAAUUUAAAUCUGCCUUGUUUUGCUUGAUUUCAGAGUUCCAAAGUACAGCUCCUCUUGCAUCUUUCCUGUUACAAAUCUAUUAAUCUGUUUUUCUUAACCCUUUUUCUCUUCUAGCUGAUGACUACUAAUGUUCUACUUUUGCUGGAAAAUUUCCUUCCCCUCGACUUUCUUACUACUGCAUCAUCUCUCUCUCUCUGUGGUGGGGCCAAUUAAGAAAACAAGAAAGUGUUGUUGAUUUGUCAGUCCUGUAUCAGAGGUGGAUAGCCAUCAAAAUGCACAGGGUUCAGAUUCAUUUCAAUGUGAAAUUUGGUACAAAACAAUAUAAAUGAGGUUUUGAUAUGAAAAGAAUAAGUUACAGGAAAAAACUUAAUUGCUUGUGUUCCCACGUAUGAAGACCAAGUAUUCUGCAAGAGUACAACAACAAAAUAGACUGAUCUGGAAAUUUUUGAAGUAGUAUACAUGUACCAAUACAUUCUGCAUGUACACUAAGCUUUUAACUGCUUUUUGUCUCAAAAGGAAUUAGUAGACAAAGAGAAUGAUCUUGGAAAAGCUAUCAAUAAGCAAUGUACUGUUUUUAAACAAUGACAAAUUAUGCUAUGGCUUAACUUCUGUAAUUUUUUUGCCGCCAAGUUUGCUUUAAUACAUAUUUACAUUCAAAAUGAUGUGUUGCUUUUAAAGUGUGUAAUCACUAAUAAUGUAAAUACAUCCAUAGGAUUGAGAAGUCUAUAAAACUACCAAAACUUAUACAAAAUAACAAAAAAGUACCAAUUACUUGUGAAAAAUCAUGCCAAAAUAAUGGUGUAUCAAAAUUAAGUUUGUAGAGCAAGUUUUUGGAUACACUCUGGUAAAUACUGUGGUUAGUUUUUCAUCUUCAUCUUUACCGGUUAGAAUUUGUUCAUUAUUGCAUCUCAGCUUAAAAUGCUUGAAAUCCUAAAAUAAAAAUGGAGUAUGAUAACAGAACUACAUGCA